AGUCAUUGAAAAGAGAAGGAAGAGAGGCAAGUGGUCAGAGAGAGAGAGAGAGGGAGUGGGGUAACAAGGAGAGCGUGGCUUGCUUUCGGCCAAGCUUGCUGAAGCUGGCCUCGUCUAUGCUGAAUUGGGCAGCGAGGGAUAAAAGAUCUGGGAACAUCUUCACCGCUCCUAAUUGCCUACCUUUUGGCUCGCAAUACAACCUACGCCUCCUCUCUCCUUCUUUGUCCUAGGAAACAAUAGGGUCUUGUACCUUGCAGAGAUAACAUCGAAGCCGGGAGGGAAAAGAAGAAAAAAAUGUGGGAUCUCAAUGACUCGCCUGAUCAGAGACGAGACGACGAAUCAGAAGGCUGUUCUUCCCAGAAGACCUCAUUUGAUGGGGACGAUGACAAGGGAAAAAGGGUCGGAUCCGUGUCUAAUUCGAGCUCUUCAGCUGUGGUCAUCGAGGAUGGAUCCGACGACGAUCAGGACGGCGAUAGAGAAAGAAUGAUCAAGCGGCGUGGCGGCAGCAACAGAAAAUUGUUCGGGUUCUCGUUCACGGAGACCGACCCGACUCUCGUGACCAGGCAGUUCUUCCCGGUGGAAGAGUUAGAAAUGGGGGCUACAUCCGAUGCCGGAGUUUGUCCCACUGCUGCUGUUGCGUUUCCUCGUGCCCACUGGGUCGGGAUCAAGUUUUGCCAAUCGGAUUCGCCAAGCCCCGGAAAGUCAGCCGAGGUCUCGCAGCCCAUGAAGAAAAGCCGGCGGGGACCGAGGUCGAGGAGCUCCCAGUAUCGAGGUGUUACGUUUUACCGGAGAACUGGCCGGUGGGAGUCUCAUAUAUGGGAUUGCGGAAAGCAAGUUUAUCUAGGUGGAUUUGACACUGCACAUGCAGCUGCUCGUGCAUAUGAUAGGGCGGCCAUCAAGUUCCGGGGUGUGGAGGCAGACAUCAAUUUUAGUCUUGAAGACUAUGAGGAAGACUUGAAACAGAUGAGCAAUCUGACCAAGGAAGAGUUCGUGCACGUACUUCGCCGACAGAGCACCGGAUUUCCAAGAGGGAGCUCCAAAUAUAGAGGUGUAACCUUGCACAAGUGUGGAAGAUGGGAGGCUCGAAUGGGCCAAUUUUUAGGCAAAAAAUAUGUUUAUUUGGGUUUGUUCGAUACCGAGAUUGAAGCCGCAAGGGCUUAUGACAAAGCGGCAAUUAAGUGUAAUGGCAAAGAGGCUGUCACCAACUUCGAUUCAAGCAUCUACGAGAAUGAGCUCAACUCUACCGAAUCUUCAAGUGUUAACGCUGCAAAUCACAAUCUGGAUUUGAGUUUGGGCAAUUCAAACUGCAAGCAAAGUAGUGCAGCGUCGGGAAAUGAUAGUUACAGUAGCACUAAUGCUGCAACGGGACAGCGGCCGGCAUCGAUUCAGUUCGUAGCUGAUUGGCGGAAUCGAGGACUUAGGCCAAAGGAAUCAUGUAGCGAAGUCGACGUUGAUGCUCACAGAAGAGAAGGGUUCAUCGAAGCUGAAGCCAUGCAGCUGCUGAGCCGAACGCACAUUCAAUCUCCACCGCCUGGUGAAAUGCCGAGGCACGGGCAAUUCAGGAGGCCUGAAGAGACCCAGAUGCUUGCCAAUUUUCCCACAUACCUUAAUUCACCCGGUUAUCAAGUUCAGUAUCCAAGCAGCAGUACUAUUGGGGGCUUAGUUGCUGGAGAUCUAUCACUGUCUAUUAAUGAGCAACAAUGGCAGUCCGGUCCUCCCCAGUUGUUUGCAACGGCUGCAGCAUCAUCAGGAUUCCCAGCGCAGAUGAGACCCUCACAACAUUGGCCGUACAAAAAUGGAUUUCACUCUCAAAUGAGACCCUCUUGAUCCACUUUGUUUUUCCCUAAUUAACGUCUGCUAAUUUUCCAGGCUCUGCCAAAUUUAUUUGCGAGCCAAGUAAAACAUCAAUGUUUUCACACUUGCUCUUGUUCCAAAAUCAUGGUACUGAGAAACGGAGAGAAAAUAUUUCCGACCCUUUGUGGAAUGAUGGUACUUCAAACUAACAAUACAACGAAAUGUUCAGCCAAA